AUGAAGCUCAUCAAUGAUGAGGCGUUUCAGCAGAUUCUUCUGUCUCAGGCGGUAAACAUGAAGAGUUCUAAAUCGACUCCCACAGUUAAGGAAGAUGUCAACGUGAAGGAAUAUUUCCAUCAUUGGUUCAUGAUCAGCAAGUUUAUGAAGUCCUGCAACAAUUGCAAAAUUGCUGUGAGGCAAAAGAAAACAUUUAUCCGAGCCGAGAAAUCCCGCGAUGGCUCAGAAGUGACAUAUUUCUGUCCCCCUUUUCCGUGGCAAAGGCAGAAAAGAAUAUGGGAGUCUUUUGACAAGAAGAGCAUGCUCAAGACCAAGAUGGAUCCUGGGAGCUCGAUCCGAUUGGAUGGAUUUUCCGCUGGAAGAACGCCGGAACAAGAACAAGGACAACUCAAGUCUGCCCGAGGUCGUCGAGCCCUGUCCCUUCCCGACAUCAGUCACAUUCAUGUAUCCAGCAAACCUCCCCUGGCUCAAAUCAACAGUGGCGAGCUGAUUCGUUGA